CGACAUUCUGAGAGGAGAUGGCGGCCAGAGGGGGGUUUCAAUCUGCUCCAACUGGCGGUGGCGGCGGCGCAAUGGGACCUGGACCCCCGGUACCGGGAGCAGGACCGGGCAUGGGACCCGGGACUCCCUCUGGAAGGAUGGGACCGUCGCCGGCUGCGCAGAAUCACAUGUACCGCUCCCCGAUGCCCGGGCCUGGCUACCCGAGACCAGGGAUGCCACCAUCCAGUCGUAUGACACCUCAAGGACCAGCCAUGGGCCCUCCAGGAUAUGGUGGGAGUCCUGUAUCUCGCCCUGGGAUGCCUGGUGUGAUGGAUCCAUCUCGGAAGAGACCUGCCCCCCAACAGAUCCAACAGGUUCAGCAGCAGAGCCGCAACCAGCACACAAAGAAGAAGAAGAUGGCUGAUAAAAUUCUACCUCAGAGGAUUAGGGAACUGGUCCCAGAGUCUCAGGCUUACAUGGAUCUGCUGGCUUUUGAGAGGAAACUUGACCAGACCAUCAUGCGCAAGAGACUGGACAUUCAGGAGGCUCUCAAAAGGCCUAUUAAGCAAAAGCGAAAGCUUAGGAUCUUCAUAUCAAACACUUUCAACCCUGCGAAGCCUGAUGCUGAGGACGGUGAAGGAACAGUGGCAUCAUGGGAGCUACGUGUUGAGGGCCGCCUGCUGGAGGAUACGGCCGUGUCCAAGUAUGAAGCCACCAAACAGAAGAGAAAGUUCUCCUCUUUCUUCAAGUCCCUGGUGAUUGAAUUGGACAAGGAUCUGUAUGGUCCAGAUAAUCACCUAGUGGAAUGGCAUAGGACUGCCACCACCCAGGAGACUGAUGGUUUCCAGGUGAAGAGGCCAGGUGAUGUGGGUGUCCGCUGCACCGUUCUGCUCAUGCUUGACUACCAGCCCCCUCAGUUCAAGCUGGACCCUCGGCUGGCUCGUAUGCUGGGUAUCCACACACAAACCAGACCUGUCAUCAUCCAGGCCCUGUGGCAGUACGUCAAAACCCAUAAGCUCCAAGACCCCCAUGAGCGAGAGUUCAUCAACUGUGACAAAUACCUGCAGCAGAUUUUUGAGACUCAACGAAUGAAGUUCUCUGAGAUCCCACAGCGUCUGCAUGCCCUCCUGAUGCCCCCAGAGCCCAUCAUCAUCAAUCAUGUGAUCAGUGUGGACCCUAACGACCAAAAGAAAACUGCUUGCUAUGACAUUGACGUUGAGGUGGACGACACGCUGAAAACCCAGAUGAACUCAUUCCUGCUCUCCACAGCCAGUCAGCAGGAAAUAGCAGGACUCGACAACAAGAUUCAUGAAACCAUUGAGACCAUUAACCAGCUGAAGACCCAGAGAGAGUUCAUGCUGAGUUUUGCUCGAGAUCCUCAGGGCUUCAUCAACGACUGGCUGCAGUCCCAGUGCAGAGACCUCAAGACCAUGACAGAUGUGGUAGGAAACCCAGAAGAAGAAAGAAGAGCAGAGUUUUACUACCAGCCAUGGGCCCAGGAGGCUGUAUGUCGCUACUUCUACUCCAAGGUCCAGCAGAGGCGACAGGAGCUGGAGCAGGCGCUUGGCAUCAGGAACACCUAAGAAGAUUUGUCCACAGAUGGAAGUCAAUCGACUAAACAGGCCGUGCUAUUGAAGAUAACUAGUGUGUGUGCGUGUGUGUGUGGGAUGUUGAAAAUGAAACCCUCCCAGUUUUCUCACAGACUUAGACAUAGAUAGAUGGUGUCAGCGUCAUAUAGGAUGUUGCUUUUUAUCUUCAUGUUGCAGCUCAACUACUUCUACAGUUUAGUUGCAGUUUCCACAUUUUUUUUUAUAGCAUCCCCCCCUCCGUGCGCCUCUUCCUCCUCCUCCUUUCUCACCAAAGCUCAUUGAGCACAAAGUAUUUUCUCUUGCAUGUCUAAGCCUUACCUAGAAGCAUUCCAUUCAUUUUGAUACAUUGUGCCCACACAAAAGCACAGAUUGUACCUAAAUAUAACACAGAGGGCAGACUGUACCCCGUAACUUUUAAUGCAUUUGGUCCCAAGAUAAUAAAAAAAAAUAUAAUCUUAAAUCAGCAGGAAUGUGCUGCUCUUUGUUUCCCCUUUUUGGAAAGUAAAUUUACAUUUUACACUCCUAGCCCAGCCCCCCCCGUUAGGUUAAAUAUUGAUUGUGGUUGUGUCUGUGAUGAGUGGGAGCACUUUGCUGCACAUUCUGGUCAUUCAUGUGUCACUUUGUUGGAAGCUGUCAUUGGUUUUCUGACAGUUUUUGCCACAGUCUGUUGUACAAUCGGUCGUGGCAAAUGAAACGUAGCUGGUGCCAUUUUUUUAAAUGCUUUUUUUAAAAUAAUUAUUAUUAAUGAUUCUUGGUUUAGAAAAUGUGUAUUAUAUCAGUACUUGUCUUGUUAGUUAGUACAGAUAAUAAAGGAAGUAGUUAGUAUGAGUACCUCUAGUCUAUAUAGUUUUGUAAAUACUGAACAGAAAAACAUGAAGAUGGACGUGAAGUCAAACUGUAUCUCCUGUCCUGGCAGAUGUUUUUCUUAACUCUUUGUCUAUGCUCAGAUAGUUGAACCAGUAUUUAUAUUUAAUCGGCCCUCUCUGAGUACAGUGAUCUAGCUCUCCGCAUCAUAAAGACUGUAGUUUCCUUUGCAGCAAAAUGUACAAGAGUUGAUUUCUCUGCCUUCUGUGUAUUUUACCGAAGAGCAGAGAAACCACACAGCGACCACAGCCUCGGUCUGACAAGGCCCUGCAGAUGGAAAGAGUCGUGGCUUCUCCGACACUAUGGCUGAAGAACUGACGCCUUUUUUUUUUUUAAACUUUCACGUGUGUAUCUGUAAUCGCAAAGACGAGAGUGCUGACUGAAAACUUUUGUGACACGUACUAUGUUUAAUAAAUUCCAGAAAUACACUAAUCAGGUUUUGGGCGAGUAGAUGAUCUGAAAUAAAUAUGGGAACCUUUGGGGUGUAAAAACACAACACUGGGGGAUUGUAGUAUUAUUUGAAUCUGCAGACUUUUUCAUGGACCAAACCUAUUUUUCUGUAUGUUCUUAUUAUGUUAUAAUAAAGGAUAUGUAAAACUC